ACCACGUACUGUUACAGCCUAUUCGGGUUUACUUUGACGGGCAGUACCGGAAGCUUCAGCGAUUGUUAUUCAGUGCAGUUUAACGCCACUAAUGAGCGCAGAACGGAGUGUGUGCUCCCAGAGCUCCCAGUCCGACUGAGAGCCGUUCCGAACUUAACUGUAUUAUCUGUGGAGCUAAAGGUGCAGAGACCUCGGAGAGCGGGACCAGGAACCGGUCGGAUCAGAGAUGGACACCAUCUGUCUGUUCCAGCUGUAGGUCAGCUAUGGCCAUUCUGUUUCCUGGAUUUGGAGGAGACAAAGCCAGAUAUAGACUUCAUGUUGGUCGUCGUAAUGGCCUCGAUGGACGGAAGCACGCCAACUGAAACACUUCUGUCUGUCAUCCACCUGGAGAGAUAUCUGGACACAUUCCAUCAAGCUGGUCUCCUAUUGGCCAGAGACUUUACACACCUGGACCAUGACGCCUUGGUCAGUCUCGGAAUAACUGCCACCGGACACAGGAAGCGAAUCCUACGCUUGGUCAGUCACGUCCAGUGGACAGAAGCUCAAAGAGCCAAUCAGAAGGCGGCUUUCCCACGUGACCGCUGUCAAUCUGUGACAGAGGUUUGCUCCUCAGACCAAGGGCGCCACGCAGUGUUAGUCCAUCAGUCCACCGGACCCGUCGGCUUUGAGGCAUUUAGGAAAGGUUCAGCCCCAAACCUUGACACUAUGCUUACAAACUCUGAAUCCAUUAGCAGCAGAGCUGUGCUUAAGCCAGUGCCCAAACCCAGGACAGUCUUCAAUCGUCGCAGGACUGCACCCAUCCACUUUUGCCCCACACCAGACCCUGCACCACCCCCACUGAGGAGACUUUCUCAGGAAUCCAUCUGUUUUCCAGUGUUAGAAGCUCUGACUUAUGGGGACAUGCCCGACAACAGGUGCACUACCAGCCAAAGACCAAGCCGGGCCGACAGGAUGAGACCCAGUCGUAGUCUGUCUCUGUCAGAUACAGGCGCAUUGCUUCCACUGGUCCCCCCUAGACAAAAUCGUGGGGCCCUCAGUUUCAGCUUCUCUGGAUCCCAAGCACCGCCUAUGUCUUUUUCCUCACCUGUAUGGAUGGACCAGAACCAGACUUCCCCUGAUAAUUUUGAGGAGAGCAAGCUCCCUGGAUCCUCACCCUCCAGCUCACCUAUAGGUAAUGGCGGGAUAGAGAUGGUUUCCAACGAGAUCUAUUGGGGGUCUACACUCAGAUCCACUGCCCUCUCUGGAGACAGGAGUUACAGCAGCCAGCAGUCACUUCCUCCAACUCCACCCAGGCAAAUUCCUGACAGGGACCCUGAGAGGAACAGUGGCAGCACUUUAAGUAACAACUCGUCUUUAUCAGCCAGAGCUUCAACUGACGACCCAGAUGAGGAAAUCAGCCCGUACUGUGAAACUGUUUUCCACAACAGAAGGAAUCCAUCUCUUUGUCAGAGUGAAAGAAAUAAACUGGAGAAAGGAGAGUUGAGGAAAGGCGUCAACAGACCGGCAGAGGAUCAUGGGAGUCCAAAGUUCUUCUGGACCAAGCGUCUGUCUCAGGCUCUUCUUCCCGGAGACUCUCAGGCUUACAGCACCGUCGGAGAAUCUCCACCGCCCCUUCACUGCCUGUUCCUCCCCAGUCACACCUUCCCCCCAGAGGCAGACGAGGACCUGACCAUCUCCCCCUACGCCAGCUACACCUCCUUGACUGAGAGAGCCCCACCCAUCAUUAGCGGCUGGCUGGACAAGCUGUCUCCGCAGGGGGGCCAGAGGUCAGCGCUGGUGGUCCUUCUGUAUCUCCCCCUCUAUGCUCCUGCCUGUGUCUCCUUCUUCCUGAAAGGCUGCCUCAGCCUCAUCACCUUCCUCUACUCCUCCUCUACAUGCUUUGCUUCCUCUUCAUCCUUUGUUCGGAACUAUGUUUUCCAGAAACGUUAUGUGAAGUUCGAUGGUAAAAAUGUGAUGUAUUUUGGCAGUGAAAAGGAUGUCUACCCUAAGGGAGUGAUCCCACUGGCUGCGAUCCAGAUGGCUCGAGCAGCUAAAGACACUAAGUUUGAGGUCAUGACAAGUCACAGGACCUUUGUGUUCAGAGCUGAAAAUGAAGCACUGCGGCACCGCUGGGUCUCCACACUGCAGCAGCACGUUGGAGAUCAGCUGUUGUUUGGUGGGAGGCGUUUUGGACCUGGAGCCCACUGUCAGAAGCACGGGCUCCUGGAGCUGAAGGGAACCAAGUCUAAGGUCUACGCUGCCAUCAAUACGGAUCAGGUUUGGCUCUACAAGAGCGAACAGUGUUUUCGUACUGGCAUCGGGAUCACUGUGAUUGAAGCUCGAGGAGCAACCAUCAGAGAUGGAAAACACAAAAGCUUUGACCUCAUCACCCCAUAUAAAACCUUCAGCUUCACAGCAGACUCUGACCGAGAGAAGCGGGGAUGGAUGGAGGCCCUGCAAGAGUCCAUUGCUGAGACUCUGUCGGAUUACGAGGUGGCAGAAAAGAUCUGGUCUAACCGGUCAAACAGGAUGUGUGCUGACUGUAAAGCUCUGAACCCCGAUUGGGCCUCCAUCAACUUGUGUGUGGUGAUCUGCAAAAACUGUGCAGGGCAACACAGAGGUCUGGGAACAAUGGUCUCUAAAGUCCAGAGUCUGAAAUUGGACACAAGCGUUUGGAGCAACGAGAUCGUCCAGCUGUUCAUCAUGCUAGGUAACGAUCGGGCUAACGAGUUCUGGGCGGCUCAACUGUCUGUGUCAGAGGAGCUGGACUGUAACGCGUCUCCUGAGCAGAGGAGGGAGUUCAUCAGUCAGAAAUACAGAGAGGGACGAUUCCGCCAGACUCACCCGAGCUUCAGCAGCCAGGAUGAGCUGCUCAAGGUUUUGUGUUUGGCCGUUUCUGAACAGACUCUUCUGAAAACUGUCACUCAGAUUUUCUCUAAGGCCGAGCCGGCUCGGCUUGCUGAAGAGUCUAAUGGCUGCCAACAUGCUGCAGACCAUGGCGCUGCCUCAGAUCCCAGCGUGUAUGAUGAGAUCAUGCAGCCUGUUCUUCACUCAGGUUUUCUCUACAAGUCUAGCCCAGUCCACAGAGGAACGCUGUCCAGAAAAACUCGAGAAGACUUUCAGAAGUUCUGGUGUUCAGUGGAACAGUGCCUGCUGUUCUAUGAGUCUGACCGCUCAGUUGAUCCCUGCCUGGAGAUUAACGUUAAAGACAUCUUGUGUCUGGGAGUCAGUCGACCCGAUUCAUCCAAUAGCAAUGGCUUCAUUGACAGGUUUCGCUACACCUUCGAGCUGUAUCUGGCUUCAGAGAAGCUGAUUCAGUUUGGGUUGGAAACAGCUGAAGCUCUGCACAACUGGACCAAAGCCAUUGGGAAGGCUGCGACCCCCAUCAGCUGCCACUGUUUGCUAACUCGUGAGUUCGAGCGUGUCGGGCUGCUCCGGUACCGAGCCAUGCUAGACCCUCAACAGUGGAAGGAGGCAUACUUUGUCCUGCAGAAAUCCAACCUGUUCAUAUGUCCUCGAAACGACGGAGCCGCAGAAGACAUCAUCAACCUGAACCGCCUGCAGGAGCUGAGUGUUACUUCAGAGAACGAGAACCAUGAGAAGAAAGACACCCUGGUUCUGGUAGAGAGGGGAAGGACCGUCCACCUACAGGGGAUUGGCCGUACAGACUUUUCUCUGUGGUGCUCAGACAUCCAGCGAGCAGCCGGUGGAAAGGGAAACACUUUGAGGGAGCAGCAGCUGAGCAGAAAUGACAUCCCCAUCAUCGUGGACAGCUGCAUCGCGUUCAUCACUCAGUACGGUCUGGGCCAUGAGGGGAUUUACAGGAAGAAUGGGGCCAAAUCUAGGAUCAAACUGUUGAUGGAGGAGUUUCGUAAAGAUGCUCGAAUUGUUAAGCUGCGGAUCGGAGACCAUUUCAUCGAAGACGUGACCGAUGUGCUAAAGAGGUUCUUUAGAGAACUCGAAGACCCCAUCUUCAUGACAGACCUGCACCCACUGUGGCAGGAAGCUGCUAAGGUUCCCCAAAAAAGUCACCGCUUGGACUGUUACAAAGAAAUCAUCCGUAGUCUUCCUCGUGUCAACAGGACAACACUGGCUGCUCUCAUCAGUCACCUCUACAGGGUCCAGAAGUGUGCCGACCUAAACCAGAUGUGCACUAAAAACCUGUCACUGCUGUUCGCUCCCAGUCUGUUUCAGACUGAUGGGAAAGGAGAACAUGAGGUGAAAAUCAUGGAAGACUUGAUAGACAACUACCUGUAUGUUUUCAACAUUGAUGAGGAGCAUCAGACUCAGAUCGAGCUGGAAAUCAGCCUCAUCACUACCUGGAAAGACACACAGCUUUCUCAGGCUGGUGACUUAAUCAUUGAAGUAUAUCUGGAGAUGAAGAUACCAGACUGCUGCAUUACUCUCAAAGUGUCCCCCACCAUGUGUGCUGAGGAGCUGACCAAUCAGGUUCUGUACAUGAAGAAUGUCCCACCUGGAGACAAAGAUGUGUGGAUGACGUUUGAGGCCAUUGAAGAUGGACAGCUGGAGCGUCCAUUGCAUCCCAAAGACAGAGUUCUGGAGCAGGCUCUGCAGUGGUGCAAAAUGGCUGACCCAAGCUCAGCCUACCUGGUUGUGAAGAGGGUUCCCAAAGGAGAAGGCAUCAACAUCCUAACCUCCUAUAAAAGUGAGAUUAUGAAGAUUGGUCUGUUGAAGUGCCGAGAGGAGCCUCCAAAGCUUCUUCAAGGGACCAAGUUCCAGGAGAGAACAUUUCAGAUUAAAGACCACAAACUGCUGCUGCUUAAAGACAAGAAGAGCAUCAAACCAGAGAAAGAGUGGUCUCUGAAGUUUAUGAAGCUCUACAUUGGCAUUCGCAGGAAACUCAAAGCUCCAUCCAGAUGGGGAUUCACCGUAAUGUCAGACAAACACCAGCUGUACCUGUGCUGCAGCUGUGAGACUGAGCUGUGGGACUGGAUCACCAGCUUCCUAAAAGCUCAGAACGAUGAUCCUGGUCCUCCAGUGCUAAGACGUCACUCCUCGUCUGAUAUCUCCAAACAGAAGUUUGGCACAAUGCCGCUCAUCCCUAUCAGAGGAGAUGAGCGCAACAACAGCAUGCUGUCAGCCAAUCAGACGCUGCGAAAACUUCACGACAGAAGGACUCUGUCCAUGUACUUUCCCAUGAAAGUGCAGCAGGAUUCAUUUGAAGAACGUUCAGACUCUCCGGACCUGCCGGAGCCCCUCUACGAGGAGGUUGGAGACUUUGGCCUUCAGGUCCUCAAAUCCCUGGAGACCAGCUUCUUAUCCAGCAGCGCCUCAGAGACUCAAGAGGUCUUGGACCACCCGCCACUCAGACUGGUUCCUGUAGAACAUCAUCUGGACCAGAUAGGCCCGAACACAGUCAAGGCAGUUAGCAGUUCUGUGGAAACUCUGGAGGAGAGAGGAGGCAGUGCUGAAGGAGGUGACGGAGACUUCAGCUUGCAGGACACUAAUUUCCCACUGCAGCCUCCACUGAGGAGGAGGCAGCAGCUGCAGGGAGUCUGUACGCCAUCCCAGGAGCUACUGCUACAAGAGCUGUCAUCUGCUUUUACCAAGAAGACGGAGGAGGACGAAAAGCCAUAUGAUGUCUGAUCAUAUCAACAUUCAUAAAGAAGAGUCAUUAAUACGUUAGUUUCACUGUUGUUUAUGUUGGUUUUUAGUAAAUCCUGUCAGAGCUUUUAGACCGCAGGAGAAGUGUCCCAACCCAAGGAUGCAUUUACUACCUGAACUGUUAUUAGACUCCUAAGAUACAGACUGCUACAUUAACAUCUCUUCUCGAUGGAGAACUGGUGGAUUAAGUACUUUGUGUGGCAUCUUUGAGAUUUGUGCGUUACAAUUCAAAGUUCAUUUUUCACUGACACCUGGUGUCUGAACGUGAAACAAAACCGCUUACACUGCCUCAGCCUCAGGUCACAUCCACUGAGCACAAUUUCAAAAAGUUUGAUCUGAACAAGCUAAAGGGUUUACAUGUGACCUCCAGUAAAAUCAGGUGAGCAUUUGUACACAGUGUGAGUUGCCGCUGGAGCUUGUUUCAGGGUCAGGGUAGAUAGUUUCUUAGCUUCAGUUAGGAAGCAGGGACCAAAUGAGCGUUUCCAUCAUGUUUGUGAUGGUUCUGGUGAAGAAAGGUUUAUGAAUGGAUAAGUCAACCCUCGAACUAAAAUAAACUGAUGGUUAUUUAGUUGUUUAUAUUUAAGUUAUACUUCAGUUAAUGAAUUGCAUAUAUUUAUAUAUUUCUUGAUAUUUUUACUUUCAUGUAACUGAUAAUUGGUUCUGCGUCAGAUUGAAGGAUUCUGGAGUACAACUCCUUGAUCCUAAACAGUUUCAAGAUACAAACACAGAGUCCAACUUGUCAGAGCAGGAAACAUCAUGAACCCCGUCCACACAUUAGUUAACAAUAACGUCUACCUUAUAAACAUUUUGAAACCUGAUCAGUUCUGUUUCGCUUCAUCAAAGAAAAAAUCGAGUAUAGUUAAACCUGCUGUAAAAUAUGUUUCUAUAAAACAAGUAAUGUUCAUUUAUAUCACAUGCUGACUAACUGUUAACUUCAGCCAACUAAAAAUGAACAAAUAGCUUUUUUAUUUUGUUUGUAAUAAAAUGAAAAACUGGUUCAAUUGGUUUUAAUGCUUUUGCUUUCACACCAAUUUACUGGCCUCAAUAGAUUUCUAUUAACUUCAUGUUCAUUUAAUUCAUUUCAAAGUCAAAGUCAACUUUAAUGUAAACUUCUACAAUAUGUUUGGGCUCAUCAUCAAAGUUUCUGACGUGUGAUGAAUGAGCAGCAGCAGAUUUUACCAAAACAAACUAACUAUAUGAGCAACUGUAACUGACAGUCAGAAACUGACCAGCAGUCACAGACAGACUACCAGUUAUACAGAGAGACAGACUGGCAGAGGGACACACAUACAGACUGAUGGAACAAGGGUGGGAGACAGGAUGAACCCUGAACUAGACGCCAACACACACAGUUAUUUCGAGUCUCCACCAACUGCACGUCUCUGGACUGGGUGAGAAAGAUGAUUUCCUGGCUAGAACCCAAGCAGUAUUCACUGGGCCAGGCCCAGAAUUCAAACCAAGGUCCUUUCAGCUGUCAUGUGCCACUAAACACUACAAUAUUGUGCAACAAGUUAAAAGACUAUAUAUAAAUACUAUAAAAAAUAAAAUACUUGCCUCUUC